AUGGCUAAAGAGAAGGGGAAAGAGAUUCUGACAGCGCCUCCGAUGAAUUCCUCGUCGAGGUCGGGGCCAUUCGGGAAGCCCCACGGCUGCAACGGCAACGGCUGCGCCUCCGACCUGGACACCUGGCCACUACACCACGCGUACCGCCGCGGCGAGCGCUACCGCCUCUGCAGCUCCUGCAUCCUCCUCUCCGAUCGCUCGCUCUACUGCUGCUGCUGCUUUUUCAUCGUCACCUCGCCGUCGUCCCACUACGACGAUGGCGACCCCCUCAUGGCCCCGCCCGCCCCGACCGCCACCUGCCGCGUCUGCCGCAGUGCCGUCGCGCACCUGGCCUGCCUCUACCCCGCCGACGGAGGCGGCUUCGUCUGCCCCGCCUGCACCGCGGCCGAGGAGGGGAGGCCCUUCACCUACGCGCCGCCCUGCGGGGUGCCGCUCGACACGCGCGCCGCGAGGGUGCUCCUGCUGGCGGCGCGGACGGCGCUGGCGCUCCUCAAGCAUGAAGCGGCCGCGGCGAGCGCCGCGGCGGAGCGGAUGGCCUGGGAGGCCGAGGCCGCGCGGAGGAGGGCAUACCGCGCCGUCAGCGUGGCCCUCGGCCUCGAUGGGCAGGAGCCGCCCUGGAACUUGCACCCCCGGCCGGUGGUUCCACUGCAGGCCGCCGGGAAUGAUCGCCUGGCGGCGCCGGAACAAGGCAGUGGAACGAACAUCGUGGACGCGCCGCCGCCGCACGAGGAUCACCUGGCCGCGUCUGGAGAAGGUAGUCAGGCGAACAAGGAGGAAGCGCUUCUGGUGCACCACCGCACGAUGCCACCUCUGGCCGCGCUGAGCAUUGGCACGGGGUGCGCCACGGCGGCGGCGGUGGCUCCCGGCGCCGGCUCCAGCCACACGCCACCGUGGUCGUCAUGGUCGCCGCCGCGGUUCGGCGCCAAUGAGGUGACGAGGGCAGCAGCCGAGUCCUCCAGGGCUAACCCCACGCCGCCGCGGAUGCUGGACCUGUUUGGCGUCAAGGAGAUGGCGAUGGCUGCCGCCGAAGCCGCCAGGGCCAGCCCCCCGCCGGCGCCGCGGACGCUGCAGCUGUUCCCGGCCGACAACAAGGUCAGCGCCAGCCCCAAGCCCCCCAAGAUGCAGAGGACGCUGCAACUGUUCCAGGACAAGAUUCCGGAUGAUGAUGAGGAGAUGUAACGAUGCUCUGGAUCGAGCUUGAUGUCGUCAAAUUGAAGGGAGGUGUUUCCUUACUAUACUUUAUCAAAACUUGUUUAGUUCUUGGUCAGUGAUUUCAGAUAUAUGGGGUACAUAUGCUGCAUUCGUGUGCCCCAGAAUUAUAGUUGAGAUCUGUUCUGGUUGAAUCGUUUGUUCGUCUGACAUGUAUCGUAUCGUAUAUCUUGGUUUGACAUUCCAUGUUGCCAUGUAUGAUGCUAUUAGCAAUUUAGCAGUGAACAAUGUAAUGGGUGCAGGUAUUCUGAAAUUGAUGCCAUAUGCAGAUUUAAUCUUCAAACCCCCAAAAGGUAGAGCUUCUGAAGUUAUCUCAAUAUCCAUACAGUUGUGCGUUUUUGCUUGCAAUGUUUCUUUAACAGAUUUUUCUUGCAAUGUUGCAGUGUGCUAUAUCUGUUUAUAUUGACAGGCUGAAAUAACUACAACUGGAGUGCAUUUUAUCAAUCUGAAGUUUCCUCCGUUGCUUUGUCCGUCUCUGCAUAUCUUUUUCUCUAGCUCAGUUCCUCUGAUUUGGAUGCAGUCAUUUGUUUUCUUGAACAUUGCAAGAUUUAAACUUGAUGCCAUAUGCAGAUUUAAACUUCAAAAGCCCCAAGAGAUAAAGCUUCUGAAGUUAUCUAGAUAUACAUACAGUUGUUGUGUGUGUUUCCUUGCAAUGUUUUUUGAACAGAUUUUGCUUGCAUUGAAGUGUGCUGUAUGCGUUUAUACUGACAGGAUGAAAUGACUACAACUGGAGUGCAUUUUAUCAGUCUGGAGAGUUUCCUCCAUUGCUUAGUCCACCUGCCUCUGUGAAUCUUGCCCUUAGCUCAGUUUCUCUGAUUUGAAGGAAGUAGUAAUUUGUUUUCUUGAGCUACUAAAUUACUUUUGACUGUACUUGAUUGCUAUGACUGUGAACAGUACUGGACCCUGCUUCUCACAUCAUGAUCAACCAGAUUUCUGCAUCAGCAUCCGUUGCUGGUGAUUUAGCAAUAGCGUCCUUUUAAAAAAUGAACAUGAUUUUGCGGUAAUUAAUUAUGGAUCACAAUGAGGAUCCGGGGAAGAGACAGGCUACAACAAAUCAUUUCUUAUAUACUCUUCCGUUCGUUUUUAUUUGACGCUCCAGUUCAAAUUAGAAUGAC